AUGGAUAAGUUUAGUUGGUCCUUGUCGUCUUCUUCUCCGAUAGGCAAGAAUAGUGAUGACGAAGGAAGAGAAAAUGAAGCUGAAUCUCCUAACAAAGGUCCUCUAGAUACGAUGGAAUCAAUCGAAGAAGCUUUACCCAUCAGGAGAGGGAUAUCCAAGUUCUACAAUGGGAAGUCCAAGUCUUUCGCCAGCUUAAACAAUACUGAAUCCUUGUCGAUGAAAGAUUUAGGGAAGCCAGAUAACCUUUACAGUCGCCACCGGAGAAAUCUUCUCCGUCACCGGCUUAGUAGUCAAGGUGGGAUCUCGAAGAAACCGCUCAAGGGCAACUUCACGGUGGUCUCUUCCUGCGGCGAUGAUUCGUCUUCAGCCUCUCAUUUAAAACAUCAGCAUUGA